AUGAGCGACAAGCUGGAGCCCCUUGCAAUUGUUGGCAUGAGCUGGCGGUUCCCUGGCGAGGCGAACUCGGCCAGUGGCUUUUGGGAUAUCCUUAGCAAUGCGAGAUCGGCUAAAUCUCGAAUCCCAGAGGAUCGCUUCAACGUCGACGCACACUAUCAUCCGUCGGCCGAUCGGAAUGGAUCUAUCAUCACUAAGGAAGGGCACUUCUUGAAAGAGGAUAUUGCCGCCUUCGAUGCUCCCUUCUUCUCAAUGACAGCAGCGGAGGCAGAGGGCAUGGACCCUCAACAUCGCAUUCUUCUGGAGGUCACUUACGAGGCGUUUGAGAAUGCCGGGAUGCCGAUCAAAUCCGUGGCCGGCAGUCAAACCGCAGUAGACUAUGAGAUGACUUCCGGAGCCGAAAUCCACACCAUGUCCCCGUACGCGUCAACUGGUUGUGGUGCCUCCAUGCUGGCGAACCGACUAUCGUGGUUCUAUGAUUUGCAAGGCCCGUCUCUGAUGGUUGACACCGCAUGCUCAUCGAGUCUGGUGGGACUUCACCUGGCUUGCCAGGAAUUGCGGGCUGGAAAAAGUAAAAUGGCAGUCGUGGCCGGAACCAAUCUUAUAAUUCAGCCGGAACUGUGGCGUGGAUUAUCCGCGUUGCGAUUUCUCAGCCCCGAUGGACAGUGCCACAGCUUUGACAGCAGAGCCAAUGGCUACGGCCGGGGCGAAGGCAUGGGAGUUAUAAUCGUCAAGCCCUUGGCAGACGCAUUGCGAGACAACGAUGUCAUUCGCGCAGUCAUUAGAGGCACCGGUAUCAAUCAGGACGGCAAAACCUCCGGUAUCACUGUACCGAGCGCCGAAGCUCAAAUUAAUCUCAUCAAGUCAACAUACGAGACAGCCGGGCUUGACUUUUCCAGAACAACCUACUUUGAGGCCCACGGAACUGGCACCCCAGUCGGUGACCCUUUGGAACUAUCAGCCAUAGGACAGACAAUUGGCUUAGCGAAGGGAGAACACGAGUACCCACUUCUGGUAGGAUCCGUGAAGAGCAAUAUUGGUCACUUAGAAGGAGCGUCAGGCAUUGCAGGAGUCAUCAAGACUGUCCUGGCCUUGGAGCAGGGCAUGAUACCCGCUGUACAUGGAUUCGAAACCCCGAAUCCUCGUCUGCGCUUGGAAGAAUGGAACAUAAAGAUUCCCACGGAGCUAACACAGUGGCCCACUGUCGGCCUCCGUCGUGCUAGUGUCAACUCGUUUGGAUACGGUGGGACCAACGCACACCUGAUUCUCGAUGACGCGCUGCACUACCUUGAUGAAAGAAAUCUGACAGGAAACCACAACACUCAGAGGAUAACCGGUACUCCACUCUCCGAGAGUACUGAUUCGGGGCUCUCGAUUGGCGAAGAAGAUUUCCCGCUUGACAAGAUUGGUGGCGCUGCAAAGCAGAGGCUGUAUGUCUUCUCGGCACCCGAGCAGGAUGGAUUGUCGCGUCUGGCCCAGACGUACAUGGACUUUCUCCGAAGCAGCCUUAGCCCCGAAAACAACGGGUUGGCAUAUGAGAAGGCGACGCAAAUCGCUGCGUUGGCAUAUACUCUGUCAGAGAGAAGGACAGUUUUCGAUUGGAGGAGCUUUGCCGUCGCAGAGUCUACGGAGGAUCUCCUAGGAUCGCUGGAAAGAUCGCUCCCCAAGUUACCUCGUGCUGUCAAGUCGCCUUCCUGCGCCUUCGUUUUCACCGGCCAAGGAGCGCAGUGGUAUGCCAUGGGAAGGGAGCUCCAGGAGUACGACAUUUUCAAACAGAGCAUAGUAGCCGCGGACAAAUACCUCAUCUCACUGGGAUGCCCCUGGUCGGCUCUCGAGGAGCUCAACCGCCCGGAAGACCAAAGUUGCAUCAAUGAACCUCAGAUCUCUCAGCCAUUGUGUACUGUCCUGCAGAUUGCACUAGUAGAUCUUCUGAGUCACUGGGGAUUGCGCCCAAAGGCAGUUGUCGGUCAUUCGAGCGGCGAGAUUGCCGCCGCGUACGCUGCUGGUGCUUUGGGUACACAGGACGCCUGGAAGAUUGCCUACUUCCGAGGAGUACACACAGCCGCAAUGGCGUCCCUCUUGCCGGGCCGCAAGGGUUCGAUGAUGGCUGCGAGCAUCUCGGAGACGUCGGCACAGAAGUACAUCGACCGUCUCACACAAGGAGAAGCAGUCGUGGCUUGCAUCAAUAGUCCUCAGAGCGUAACAAUAUCAGGAGAUCUCUCCGCGGUGACAGAAAUCGAGAAUAUGCUGAAGACAGACGAUGUCUGGUGUCGGAAACUCAAGGUUCAAACAGCAUAUCAUUCCCCUCAUAUGAAAGUGAUCGCCGAGAAGUAUCUGGAAUCGAUUCAAGAUGUUGUCCCCGCUGGAUCCUCCAAUAUCACCUUUUUCUCUUCUGUCACAGGAGCUGAGAUCUCCCAUGGUGACCUGAGCGCGGAAUAUUGGGUCAAGAAUCUUCUGAACCCAGUAAGGUUCAGCGAGGCAGUUACGGCUUUACUCAACCAUUGCGCAACAAAGAGUCGUCGCAAGGCUACAACCAAUGUCAACGCCCUCAUUGAGCUGGGUCCUCACUCUGCCUUGCAGGGACCACUCAGGGAUAUUCUGGCGGCCGCUUCUGAAUCAUACCUCGAGUCCGUCAGUUACGCAUCUAUUCUCCGCCGAGGCGCCGAUGCAAAGGAGACUGCAUUGUGCGCAGCUGGACGACUCUGGAGCUUGGGCUUCAAGCUGGACCUAGCGAUUGUGAAUAACAUGUCCAAAACUCCAGGCAGCUCCAAAGCCUUGGCGAACCUGCCCAGGUAUCCGUUUAAUCAUAAAAGACGAUACUGGCAUGAGCCGAGGUUGAAUCUAUGGAGACGUACCCGUGCUCAGCCAAGAACUGACCUGCUUGGAGUUCCAAGUGAUGAUCACAACCCCAUCGCUCCUCGUUGGAAAAACUUUCUAAGGCCAGUCGAGAUCCCGUGGCUCAUGGACCACCGCAUCCAGGGGAUGCUGGUCCUUCCGGGAGCAGCCAUGUUGACGAUGGUUAUGGAGGCUUGCCAACAAACAGCAAAGCAAUCUGAGACCAUCCAUGCCUACCAGUUCCGGGAUGUCACUUUUCUCCGCCCACUGCUUUUUACCUCCCCCGCUGCAGCUAUUGAGACGUUGAUGCAGCUCAGGCCUCAUCAAAUGGGUACCAAGGCCAACACGGCUCACUGGACUCAAUUCUCACUACUCUCCAUAGGUUCUGACGGAGCUGCUAUCGAGCACUGCUCCGGACUUGUGAAGCUUAUUUAUGCCUCGAAGCCAAAUGAGAUCGACGGAUCCGCUGAACCGACCCGCGAGUGGGAACUACGCAGGCAGGAGUAUCUGUCUAUCCAAGAAAGGCCGACCAAAGAGCUUCAUGUGGGGCGUCUGUAUGAUAAGCUGAACCGGCUGGGCCUCCAGCUAGGGCCUCUCUUCCAAAAUCUUACUCGAAUUAAUGCCGGUGAUGGUUUCGGCUACGGGGAACUCCAGAUUCCUGACUCGGCGGCAAGAAUGCCGGAGAACUUUGAGUAUCCGACUCCGAUACACCCUGCUGUGCUUGAUGGCGUGUUUCAAAUGAUGAUUUCCUGUGGGACGGUUAAGGACGAUUCCUCCGCCAUGGCUCCUAGUUUCAUUGAGUCAUUAUAUGUCUCGGCUUCUCUCCCAAGCGAUGCCGGUUCUCUCUUGCGUGGCUUCAGCACACUUGGGCCUAAACUGCGCCUCCAGCAAAGUGGUACAGUGGUCAUGUCCGACGAUACCUGGAGUGAGCCCAAGGUACUGUUGGAAGGGUUCGUUUGCAAGGAACUUUCUUCGCGUCUCAACAGAGCUCAGCGCAAUCUUUGUACGCAGUUGAUGUGGAAGAAGGAUGUGGAAUGCUCGCAUUCAACAAUGCGUACGCUUCUGAACACGCAGCGCUUCUCUCUCGACCCGGCCAUUGCUGGACGCGCUUCUCUCUGCGACCAGGCCGUGUCCGAAUACGUGAAGAAGUCACUGGCCAUGCUUUCCACUGAGGUGGACAAAGAAAGGGAUGGCGUGCUGCAGCAAUACAUCAACUGGAUGCGUAGCCUUUCCGAUCAAUCCUUCAGUGACGAAAGCACGUGUGCUCUCAAUGACGAAUCUCCACGCAUGCUGAAGGCGAUUGAAGCGGUGGGAAGCAAACUGGAGGAGAUCAUGAACCCACACACUGACAGCAAUGCUCUGACAAAGAGCUUGAUCUCAGAAUUUAUCGACGAUUGUCUGGGACAAUCAUUCAUCAACUCCGUCGUGGUCGAGCUUCUUGAUCACGCGGGAUUUGUGAGCCCCAAUAUCGAAAUCCUGGAGAUCGGCAACGGGUCAACCUCCUGUGCAGCGUCCGUCCUCGAUCGAUUGAGCGACAAGACAUCGGGAUCAGCUCGCCUCAAAAGGUACACAUUCACAAACCGCUCGCAGGAGUCGCUGGAUUCAGCCCAGGAUUGCUUGGCCGAUCGGGAAAUGGUGGAUUUCAGGCUUCUGGAUAUCGGCCAGGAUCUGAAAAUGCAAGGUUUCGAAUCCGAAAAGUUCGAUUACAUCAUUUUUAACGAAUUUCUGCCGACUGCAGGGGACCUUGAGUCCGGACUGUGCAACCUGAGGAAACUGUUGAAGGACUGUGGGAAAUUGCUCCUCGGCGCGAUAACAAAAGCUCAGCUGCGAACAGCGUUUGUCCUGGGGCUUGACCCGCGAUGGUGGAGCCAUUAUAAAGACGAUCAUAUUCGAGCCUUUCCUCUGAAUGAGGAUGCUUGGGAAAGAGUCUUGAAAGAAAGUGGCUUUGCCGGAGUCCAGCAUAUCGUCCACGAUUCUGACGCUGUGGACCUCCAUCAGUUGUCUCUGAUGGUGUCUUCAGUCGAGCGUACUAAUUCUUUCAAUUUCUCCGAAGUAAUCAUCCUCAAACCGGACGUCUGCGAUACCGAUGUUGCCGCAUUAUCUGCCAACUUUGCGGGUCUGCUGGUUAAACUCGGGUUUACCGUCAGCGAGAGGAAUUGGGACACGAUAGGAGAUGUGUCUGGUAAGGCCUUGGUGUCCUUUUGGGAGAUUGACAACCCCGUCCUUGGAGAAAUGUCAGAGCCGGUCUUUGAAGUGGUUAAGGGCAUCGUGUUGAACAGCGCGGGCGUCUUGUGGAUCACCCGAGGUGGUCAGGUCUCCGGGCCUUUCAAGCCAUUUUCUGGCGUUAGCACUGGCUUCUUUCGGGCUCUUCGCUCCGAGGACCCAGAGAAACGCCUUGGAACAUUCGACCUAUCUCUAGGUCUUGACCUGCAUUCGGAGCUCGCUGCCACUCUAGUUUCUGAAGUCUUUGAGGGCCUUUUCAGCUCGAGCGAGCGCGAAACCAGAGACUACGAGUUCGCGGAGGACGGCUGCUGUCUAUACGUGCCACGGCUUGUCGAAGAGCCUGGGUUGAAUUCGGCAAUGGCAGCGUUGAACGAGAAGCCACGACCGGUCAUGGAGAAACUGCUCCAAGACGAGCGGCCGUUGAAGAUGGAACUUGGCGAGCCUGGGCUGCUCAAUACAUUCCAAUUUGUCGAGGACAGACAAUUCCAGGAGCCCUUGAAUGCCGACUAUGUGGAACUGAAGGUGUUGUGUACUGGACUCAACUUCGUGGACGUGAUGGCCGCCCUAGGACAAGUGCCUACACCUACACUUGGCUGCGAAGUGGGCGGCAUCAUCACCAAGGUGGGAUCGGCUGUGACCAAGUUCAAACCGGGAGAUACAGUGGCAGGCAUGCUCCAAGGCAGUUUCAACACUCAUGUCCGUAUCAGGCAGACCAUCAUCCAGCACGUCCCCGCUCAUAUGACCGUCGAAGCAGCAGCCACCGUCAUAACCGCCUUCUCAACCGCGUGGAUAGGGCUAGUCAAUAGGGCCAGGCUCCGUCGAGGAGAAACGGCACUAAUUCACUCCGGAGCUGGUGGCGUCGGUCAAGCCGCAAUUCAGAUUUGCCAGCACUUCGGUGUGGAAGUAUACACAACCGUGGGCUCUGUAGCCAAGAAAGACCUGCUUAUGGAUCGCUAUGGGAUUCCAGAGGACCACAUUUUCAGUUCCAGGGAUGGCACUUUCGCCCAAGGUAUCAUGAGAAUGACCAAGCGACGUGGUGUGGAUGUGGUGCUCAACUCUGUUUCCGGAGAAUCCUUGCGCCAGUCCUGGCACUGCCUCGCUGAUUUUGGACGCUUCAUCGAAAUUGGCAAACGAGAUCUCCUGGGAAACACAGGUCUCGAUAUGCAGCCCUUCCUUCGUGGUGUUAGUUACAUCGGUGUUAAUCUCGAGCAAUUCCACCCCACCAGUGAAGUGCAUAUGGAAUUGUCAGAGGCUCUCCAGGACAUUUUCAAUCUCCUCAGCGACAGGAAAUUGAGAGAGUUGUACCCCAUAACGACCUAUACCUACUCUGAGGUAGAGCAGGCUUUCAGAGGGCUGCAAUCUGGGAAGGUAUUUGGGAAGAUUGUUGUCCGAGCCAGCCCAGAUGAUAUAGUUCCAGUCCUACCUCGGGCUAACCCUCCCUUUACCCUGGAUGCCAACGCAACAUAUCUGUUGGCCGGUGGCCUCGGAGGGAUUGGCAGAAGCAUUGCGGACAUGCUCCAGUCUCACGGCGCCAGAUACCUAGCGUUUCUCUCCAGAUCUGGUGAUUCAAAGCCGGAGGCACAGAGGUUCCUCAAGCAGCUGAGCCGUUACGGUUGCACUGCCAAGGCAUACUCUUGUGACAUCUCCGACCGAGAAGCGGUCUUUCAAGCAGUUCGACAAUGCAGCACUGAGCUACCGCCCAUCAAGGGCUUUGUUCAAUGCUCUAUGGUACUGAAGGACGGAUUGUUUGAUAAUAUGACGUAUGAUGACUGGACCGUCUGCACCAGGGCCAAAAUCCAGGGAUCUUGGAAUCUUCACGAGGCCCUGCCGAGGGACCUCGACUUCUUCGUCAUGCUCUCGUCUAUCUCAGGCGUUAUCGGAAACCCUGGACAAGCGAACUACUCGGCUGGGAACGUCUAUGAAGAUGCUCUUGCGCACUUCCGGCGCCGACAGGGGUUGGAGGCAACAGCCUUGGACCUUGGUGCUGUCCGAGACAUCGGCUAUCUAGCUGAGUCCGGAGACGCCGCAAACAUGAGCCAUUUGCAAGCACUGCAGGUGAGCGAAGCGGAUAUCCAUAGCCUUCUUGAGAUCGUCAUCACGCGUCGCAAGCUCAAAAACGAUAACAUACCGCCGCAAGUGGUGACCGGUCUGGUUGCUGGUGACGAAAUGGAGGAAAUCGUGCAGCGCACACGUUGGGCUCGAGAUGUCAAAUUCUCGAUUCUAUGGAAAACAAGCGAAUCCGGCGCUGAUGCUGGAGUCCUGGCGGGGUUGGACGCCUUCACUAAGGCAGAGUCAUUGGUAGCAGCUGCCGCGAUUGUUGAAGACAUCAUCAUCUCGCGGAUUGCCAAAGUGUUGAUGAUGCCUGUAGAGGAUAUCAGUAACACUCAGCCACUGCAUUCUUAUGGAGUGGAUUCCUUGAUCGCGGUUGAAAUGCGAGCAUGGAUAGCCAAAGAGUUCCACACUGAGAUCUCCGUCUUUGACAUUCUCAGUCCAGUCCCUCUCUCUGGUCUAGCCAUGAAAAUCGUCCAAGAAAGCAACUUAUUGCCAGACAGGUUGAAGCAGGAAAUGCAGGGUAAUGAAGAGCCUGCAGAGACCAAAUAA